GAGGAGCAGUUGGCCAACGCUGCGGCCGCAGUCGGUGUAAACAAGGCCUCGCGCCGCUGCGGGUCCUGCGACCGCUCCCGGCUGGUGGGUGGUUUCGCGCGCGGCAGUAACCGCCGGCUUCAGUGGGAGGGGCUUCUCGGCUUCUCCCUGCCUCCCCCACUUGGCGUACACACCCCCAGCACACCACGUGGGCGUGAGGCGAGGAAGGAAGGGGUGUUAGGCUGAAUUCUAACUUCAUUGGUUGUCGCUGCUGCCGGCUUUCGCAAAGAAGCGCUCUGAUUGGUCGGUAAGGGGGGCGUCGGGGGUCUCAGAGCCUUAAGGCUUCUGAUUGGUUACAUGAGAUAAGCUAAUGAGGCGCUUUCUUCCGCGAGGGGUUUUGAUUGGUCGGCCAGAGAGGUUACCUGGGAAUUCACCCACCUACUCCCCCCAGGGACUUUGAUAGGAUUGGGGAAGGUUUGUGGUCCUGAAGCCUUGGGAGUUGUCACAGGCUAAAGAGAAGGGAUCUCAGUCCCUAGGAAGGGUCGCCCUCCUAGAGAUAGCUACCGCUCUAUCUCAGGAGACACUGGUGUUUCUAGAGCAGGCUUUGCUUUCAUCAAACCCAAGGAGGUGACACGAGGAGUCCCUGCACAGGACCUAAUGAUGCUGUGAUCAGAAGAUGGGAUCACGGAACAGCAGUAGCGCAGGAACUGGGUCCGGAGACCCCUCCGAGGGCUUGCCCCGAAGAGGGGCUAGCCUGCGUCGGAGUGAGGAAGAGGAAGAGGAGGAUGAAGAUGUGGAUCUGGCCCAGGUACUGGCCUAUCUCCUCCGCAGAGGCCAAGUGAGGUUGGUGCAGGGAGGAGGUGCAGCAAAUUUACAACUCAUCCAGGCCCUCUCAGACUCGGAGGAAGAGCAUGACAGUGCCUGGGAUGGCCGUCUUGGGGACCGAUACAACCCACCUGUGGACGCAACUCCUGACACCCGGGAGCUGGAAUGCAAUGAGAUCAAGACACAAGUGGAAUUGGCCACAGGGCGGCUGGGGCUUAGACGGGCAGCCCGGGAGCACAGCUUUCCUCAAAUGCUGCACCAGAGAGAACGGGGCCUCUGCCACCGGGGAAGCUUCUCCCUUGGAGAACGGUCUCGAAUGAUGUCUCACUUCUUGCCCAACGAUCUGGGUUUCACUGAUACCUACUCUCAGAAAGCUUUCUGCGGCAUCUACAGCAAAGAUGGUCAGAUCUUCAUGUCUGCUUGCCAAGACCAGACAAUCCGACUGUAUGACUGCCGGUAUGGCCGCUUUCAUAAAUUCAAGAGCAUCAAGGCCCGGGAUGUAGGCUGGAGCGUACUGGACGUGGCCUUCACCCCUGAUGGGAACCACUUCCUAUAUUCCAGCUGGUCUGAUUACAUUCAUAUCUGCAACAUCUACGGGGAGGGAGACACACACACUGCCCUGGAUCUAAGGCCAGAUGAGCGUCGCUUUGCUGUCUUUUCCAUCGCUGUCUCCUCAGAUGGACGGGAAGUGUUAGGAGGGGCCAAUGAUGGCUGCCUAUACGUCUUUGAUCGAGAACAGAACCGGCGCACCCUUCAGAUUGAGUCCCAUGAGGAUGAUGUGAACGCAGUGGCCUUUGCUGACAUAAGCUCCCAAAUCCUGUUCUCUGGGGGUGAUGAUGCCAUCUGCAAAGUGUGGGAUCGACGCACCAUGCGGGAGGAUGACCCUAAGCCCGUGGGUGCACUGGCUGGACACCAGGACGGCAUCACCUUCAUUGACAGCAAGGGUGAUGCCCGGUAUCUCAUCUCCAACUCCAAAGACCAGACCAUCAAGCUCUGGGAUAUCCGACGCUUUUCUAGUCGGGAAGGUAUGGAAGCCUCACGGCAGGCUGCCACACAGCAAAACUGGGACUACCGCUGGCAGCAGGUACCCAAAAAAGCCUGGCGGAAACUGAAACUCCCAGGAGACAGCUCCUUGAUGACCUACCGGGGCCAUGGGGUGCUGCAUACCCUUAUCCGUUGCCGAUUCUCCCCCACCCAUAGCACCGGCCAGCAGUUCAUCUACAGUGGCUGCUCUACUGGCAAAGUUGUCGUGUACGACCUCCUCAGCGGCCACAUCGUGAAGAAGCUGACCAACCACAAGGCCUGCGUGCGUGACGUCAGCUGGCACCCCUUUGAGGAAAAGAUUGUCAGCAGUUCGUGGGAUGGGAACCUGCGUCUCUGGCAGUACCGCCAGGCCGAGUACUUCCAGGACGACAUGCCAGAAUCUGAGGAGCCCCUCAGCACCCCUGCCCCAGUGCCCCACCCCUCUGCAGCCUUUUCCUCACCCCAGUAGACCUGAUCUCCAGCCCCAUACACCGGUGAGCCUCUUACAAGCUCUCUGCUUCCUCCCUUCCGGGAGAUCUGUGGGGGAAUCCCUGGCAUUGAAUGGGGAGGAGCACAAGCCCAGGCUUUGGGGCCCUAGCUGAGCCCUAGAAGGGCCUCCCCAAGGGGCAGAGUAACUCUGUCUCCUCAUGUGCUCACACCCAGUGGCUUGGGUUCUAUCUCUGGCCAGGGUUUGGCAGGACUGCCAUUAUCUGGGGUGUGGCCUUUGUCAGCAGGAGAACUGUCCUGAGUGUUUUUAAUCAUGUUUGGAUGUUAAGUGUUAGCUCCUAGAAUAGAUGCCCGGGGCCAGGUCUGAACUGAGCUGUCAGCCAGACCCUUCCCUGGCCUUCAUGUUGAGGAUUAGACUGGCCAAUCCGAGGGCCAGGCAUCCUGGCCCUUCUUCCAGAGGUCCUGAAGGCUAGAGCUCUAGCCGUUUAGGGGAGGGUGGGAUGAGUAAGGCAUAUCAUUAGCACCCUCCUGGGUGGGAAUUAGAUCUUCUCUAUGUCUGGGUCUUUGGGGUGGGACAGGUUGUGGUGUGAGAGGCUCCAUGUGGCCCCACACAGGGCAGGCCCUCCCUUCCCAGACUUCCCUCAUGCUGGAGGCCAGCAGCUUCAAGGAGGGAUGUUGAAGUAGGACUCCUUCGUCCUCUCACUGGCUUUGGCUCCCUCAAUAAAUUCUCUGUGGGAACCUG